AUAAAAAAAUAAACUUAUUAAGUUUGAUUAUUUUGUGUCUUCAAUAUUUUGGACAUAAUAAUUUCACAACUCACCUCAAUAACAGUGCUUCACUAAACUUUACGCUAAUUCAGUUCUCAGUUAUCACCUUUCUCAGACUCAGACAAAAACACAGCCAAGAGAGAGAGAGAGAGAGAGAGAGAUAGAUGAUGGAGAGAAAGGUUUUGUUGAUAUGCUUUGUGGCUGGAUUCUUGGGUCUAUUAUCAGCUGCUACUGGUUUUGGUGCUGAGGGCACAAGAAUUAAGAGUUCUCAGGUUCAGGUCACUGCUAUUUCUGAAUGUGUAUACCCUCGAAGUCCAGCUAUGGCUCUUGGUUUAACUUCAGCAUUAUCUCUUAUGAUUGCUCAAAUAAUUAUAAAUGUUUCAACUGGGUGUAUUUGUUGCAAAAGAAAUCCUCAUCCUUCUAACUCUAAUUGGACUGUAGCGCUGAUCUGCUUUGUUGUUUCCUGGUUUACAUUUGUCAUAGCGUUUCUUCUGUUGCUUACCGGUGCUGCACUCAAUGAUCAACAUGGUGACGAAAGUGCGUACUUCAACUACUAUUGCUAUGUUGUGAAACCCGGAGUCUUUGCUGGAGGUGCCAUGUUGUCCCUUGCAAGUGUGGCUCUUGGUAUUAUCUAUUAUCUCACCUUAACUUCGGCAAAGAACGGUGACAGUCUAUGGGGCAAUCCUUCUACUCCUAAUCAAGGAGGCAUAGCUAUGGGACAGCCUCAGAUCCCACCAGGGCUGGCACAGAGCAGUACUCAAGAUCCUGUUUUUGUACAUGAAGACACAUAUAUCAGACGACAAUUUACAUGAUUGGUAAUUUUGUGUUCUUUCCCAGUUGAUAAUAUGCUUCAAUCAGUUUUAAAAAGAGGAUGAUCGUGUUGGCUCACUGGGAAACGGGGGUAUUUUCAAGUUUUAAUCAUAUUCUGCUGUUUGCUAGCACCAGUAAAUUCUUUGCACUUGUCUUUUCCUAGGAUGCAUAUGUAAUCUGAAAGAUUCUCUAUUGUUAUGAGUUGGAUGGGUUAUUGUUAAAGAUGUGAAAUAUCAAAUAUGCCUUUUGGACCAUAAUAGUGAUAAUUUCCCAUAUAUAAAGCGUGCCACAUUGAUGGAUGAGACUAAUUUAGACACAAUUCAAUGGAAAUGAAACAACCUUUAGGGGUUUCAAUUCCUUGACAGGUUCGGCUUUGAUAGGAAAAACUGAUUGAUUUGUUGAGUGAGAGAGAAGAGAAGUGUACGAGAGAAUCGGGGCUUUCCAGCUCAGGUUAUGAAGAAAGGCUUCAACUCCUUUCUCCUCCGCACCAGCCACCUCCACGUCGAGCUCUUCUUCCACAGUGGUGACAUUCUCAAUCGAUCUCUCGCUCACUCUGUCUUCUCUCUUUGAUCCACAAUACCAUAGCUUUUGCAGUUUGGGAGGAGAUUUUAAUUGGACUGAUGGUUUUUAUUUAGUGAUUGUGUUUGUGGAUGAUAAUGCCAAGAUUUGGAAGGAAAAUUAGUGAACUAUAAGUUCUUUUUCUUCUCUA